AUGGCGUCGGUUCAAGUGAUAGACCCAAUCCCGCCCGUGACCAAUACAAAGUUGUACAUUUCGAUCGUAGGGGGGGUCGUGGGUUUGGCGGUGGUGGGGGUGCUGGUGGGGUGCUGCAUCCGUCACCGUCGGCAGCGCAAGGCAGCGUGGGAGUGCCAUCGCCUCCAACGAGGCACCAUGUCGGUGUACAAAGAGAGCGACCCGACGCCCAGAGGUCAUUCGUCUAUUCCCAUGGUCAACCCCCGCGGCGGCAUCACGGAAAUGCCACGCCUGUACAUGGACGAAAAUGACGAUCUUGGGAGUAGCAACCCCAAGCUAGACUUGGCCGUGUCCCACUACAUGUACAAACAGGACACGCGACGGGUAGACGAGCUUCCCCCGCCGCCGCCUCGCCGCGUGACGUCGCAGUACGACCCACGAACGAGUCUCAGCUACGAUGUCCAAGACGGCUACGACGAGUACCACCGCCAGCACGAGUACUCGUCAUCCCACCGCCACCAUCAUCGUUCUGACCAAGACAAUCCAUCACGGCUGCCCCGGACCAAGUCGGCUCGGCAACAGCAAGACAACUGCCGCGACCACCAACUCGUGCUUCGCGACGAGUACCGGUACGACCAAGAACCCACGGGGAAACACCUGGCCAUUAAAGGCCGACCCCACAACUUCUCCGACGAUGACGAGUUUAGGUUCAUACCAACCAACCAAAGCCACGAGUCCCCGAGUUCCCUCCGCAAUAAUUACGGCGGCUACGACCUAUCAUUUAGUAGUGCUGAGGACCGACCGUACUAUCGUUAA